AUGGUGUGAAAGUUGGGUCUGAGAGAGAAAAUGAGAGCAGAAGGGGGAGGAGAAGAGAAGAGAAGAGGGGAGGGACUGAGUGCAUGCAGUCUCAGUGCUGUUUUCCCCACUUCUCUCUCUUUCCCUCUCCUCACUUCCAUCCCCACAUGAGAAACAGUGCUUCACUGUACCGGAUGGACACCAGGUCCCUUUUCUCCUCCUCCUGGUCCAAUAUUUUCCUUCCCUCUUUUCUCCACCUCUAUCAUCCAGUAGGUUCUCUCUGCCUUCUCCAGAUCCCCUUCUUCUUCCAAACACGCACUCAUCUCUUUCUCUCUGUUGCUAAUUUUCCCCCGUCGCCCCACUCUCAGUCAGCAUGGUGAACAGAUAACUGCUAAGCUGUUGAACAUGGGCUCCUGCCUCUGCAAAGGUCACCAAGAGCUGCAAAGUGGCCAGCAGCACCCCAUGGAAGAGCUUCACUCAUAUGCUGAGGGACAGCCAAUCUUUAAGGGUAACCAUCAGUCCUACAAUGGCAGCAUGUCAGAUAAAAGGAGCAGCAGCGGGUAUGACAUUGGAGAAUUGGCUAAUUCUUCCCUGACGGGACUGCUGGCCACUAUUAAAGACCACAUCACUAAGCCUACUGCAAUGGCCCAGGGCCGAGUCGCCCACCUGAUUGAGUGGAAGAGUUGGGGAGGGGAAGCGACGUCUGGAGGAGGCUGGAGUGGCUGGACGAGAGAUGGUGGAGGAUGGGGAGGUGUGGGAACCGCACUGCAGGAGGACGAGCAGCUCUACUCCCACCUCACUGAUGAAAUCAAAGAAGCACGAUUUGCUGCGGGUGUGGCGGAGCAGUUUGCUCUGGCUGAGGCAGCGAUGAAUGCCUGGUCCACACACGAUGCUGAAAAUAUAGCCACAUCCAGUACAAUUCCAUUACAAGACCCCGAGGGCCCUUAUCUUUCUCAGUUCCUGUUGGAUGGAGGGAGUUUGAGUGUUCCUCGGCACAUGUACGGAAUGCACAUGGAAGCUGAUGACACCAGCUCUCUAGCACCUUCUCAUCCUCCUCAGUCUCAUUCCCCCAGUCAUUCUCAUUCUCCGCUGAACACGCAGCGUCCGCCGCAGGUGCAGAGGAUCUCGCCUUUGGAAGGGUCUGUAAGACACGCAGACAGCAUCUCCCUGUCAGAGGAUGAGGUUUUUUAUAACUGAAAUGUUGAUGACACUGUGGAACGAAAAGGUUCUUUGUGUUCACUGAUGUGGGAGAGAUGCAGAUGAAGUUACGUCUGGGGAUAUCUCUUUACUGUUAAAGUAUGUAAUAGCCACAGCUGAGCCUCUUUGACAGGCAGUGAACACAGGGAUUAUUGUACACACGGACAUGUCAUUUCCAUAUCAUGUUGCCUUUUCGCAAAUGAAAGCAUCUCUGUUUGUGGUAAUGAUGAUGGAGAUUGGACUUUAUGUUAACAGGGUCAGACCAAUUACUUCUAGAAGUAGGUCAUCAUCGCACAUGAAUGCACAUGAAUCUAAAAUGAAACAUUGACUGAAGUGAGAUCAAGACCAUCAUGACCUUUCACCUUCAACUGAGUGUUUGUAGAUAUUUGCAGCAGUCUUUCACAAAGAAGCGGAGAACUGUUAGCACUAUAGACUGAAGAAAAAAAGCCAAAAUAAAACACGCUUUUAUCUCCACAGACAUUUUCCUGCUGCAUUUCCACUAAGAACAGCUCAAUGGGGCUACGGGGUUGAAUUGGAUCCUUUGUGAAGACUCAGGAGAGUGAAAGUGAAUUAUGCCUUUGGGUAAAGCUGCAGUCAUAACUUGGGACAGGGAGGUGGAGAUUGUAACGAUUUUUCAUAUUGCUAAAUGUUUCCAUGAAGAUUUUGAGUAUAAAACGUCCAACACAGCAAAUGACUUCUUGUAACUUUAAAGAUGAAGUGUGUCAUUUUAAUAGCCUCAUCAAACAGAAUUGCUAAAUAUGAACUGUUUUCAAAUACAUUUUCUAAACACUCUCAUCAUCUGCUAUUGGUUGGAAAAAAAAAAGCCCGCCCAAACUCACGCCAUUGGUCAACCCAGUGUCACUGGUUUGAAUGCUUACAGAUGAAAUUGAUCUACAAAUGGCUUACUUAUAGUAAAAAUAUUCUUGAUAUUAAUAAUAUUCAUAUUAUGAAGAUGGAAUAAGUGAUCUAUAGACUUGCAGCAAUUAAUUGAUUUAUCAAUAUUAUCUUAACAUUAAAGCUGCAGUAGGGAACUUUUGACG